AAGAGACUACUGUGACCAUAUGGUCACAGUUUCAGUAUUUUAUUUUUUGGGUUGGUAUGCCUGAUUCAUGAAGCUGGUUUUGAUUUUUUCUUAGCCAGCUGACAGAACAAGAGUUAUUCUUCACCUGUAGUGUUAUUGUUUGAUGGUUGGUUUCAGUUGUGAGGAACAGUAAAGUAUUAAAUUUACUUAUGUUACAACAUGGCUGAUUUUCUUGACAACAAUUGGUUGCAACAACUGUCACUGGCCGAGGGAUUUACUGUAGCCGAAGCUGUCGAUGUAAUUGAAAACUUUGUUGAUGACGGGAAUCUCGACACCUCAGACGUUGACAUCUUUAUUGCCCCCCCAGAAAAUGAUAUCCUCACUGAUGAAGACUCUGGUCCAGAAGACGAAGGUGGUACCAUAAAUAAUUUGAACGGUGGACAACUAUCAGCUCCCGCAGAAAUAAGAGUAAGAAGACUUUGUAAUCUUGUUGAAUCAAGUUGCACGGAACUACAAGAUAAAAAACAUCGAACCUGGAUUGAUGGCGACAUGGAAGCUCAGAAGACUCUUGCUUUUCAAGCAUACAACUACAGUAAGUUCAGUUCUUUAAGCCCAGUUGAACUUUUUGAGCUAUUCAUCAACAACAGUGUUAUUGAAUUGCUAGUUAAAAAUACAAACAAGUACGCUUUAUUCAAAAACUGCCCAGACCCAAAGGUUACGGAGGAAGAAAUGAAAUGCUUUUUAGCAAUUUUGUUACUGUCAGGAUACAAUGAACUGCCUGGUAAGAAAUGCUAUUGGGAUUCUGGACUAGAUAUGAAAAAUGAAAUGGUCUGUCAAGCAAUGAGACGUGAUAGAUUUAUUCAAAUUAUGCGCUUUUUGCACUGUGCAGAUAACUCUGAGACAAUUCCAAAUGACAAAAUGUGGAAAAUGAGGCCACUUAUGAACUUACUCAAAUGUAAAUGUCUUGACAAUUUUGUACCAUCUGAGUUUUUGUGUUUUGAUGAGUCCAUGGUAAAGUACUAUGGCAAACAUGGAUGUAAGCAAUUUUUGAAAGGGAAACCUAUCCGUUUUGGCUACAAGAUUUGGAGCCUAAAUACUGAUACUGGGUACUUGAUCAAUUUUGAGAUUUUUCAAGGGAAGAACACAACAACAAAUGAAACAUAUUCAAAGCUAUUUGGGAAAUCAGCAGCUCCUCUUGUAUCAAUGCUGGAUGAAAUACCUCAAGAUGAGUUACCCUACCAGUUGUUUUUUGACAAUUUGUUUACAAGUCCAGCACUGAUGAAACAUCUGAAAGAUAGAGGUUAUGGUUCUACAGGAACUGUCCGAAUCAACAGAUUGCCAAAAGACUGCCCUCUUUCAUCAAAAAAAGAUAUGCAAAAUGAAUCUCGAGGAAGCUUUCAAUGUAAAAUAGAAAAAGAAGAUGGCAUAUUUGUCGCUCGCUGGAAAGACAAUAGUGUUGUUACAGUCGCAUCGACAUCAUAUGGUAUUGAGCCUAUUGCUAGUGUGAAGCGCUUCUCUCAGUCAGAAAAGAAAUAUCUCCACAUUCAACAACCCUUUGUGAUAAAACAGUAUAAUCACCACAUGGGAGGGACGGACCUUAUGGAUGAGGACAUAAGCACCCACAGAAUUGGGAUCAGGGGAAAGAAGUGGUGGUGGCCUUUGUUUACAUGGCUUAUAGAUCUGGGCACCACUAAUGCUUGGCGACUUCUCAGAUUGUCAGGGAAACAAAAUGACAAAACUGACAUUUAG